AUGGCUGCUCUGUGGCUGCUCUCCUGCCUGGCACUCCUCGGCGCGGCUCAUGGCUGUGGUGUGCAGGAAAUCCAGCCCAUCAUCAGUGGCUACGCUCGCAUUGUGAAUGGCGAGGAGGCGGUUCCCGGAUCCUGGCCCUGGCAGGUCUCCCUGCAACAGUCGAAGACGAACAGCAGGCACUUCUGUGGCGGCUCCCUGGUCAGCAAGCGUUGGGUGGUGACAGCUGCACACUGCGGAGUGACGAAAUCCAACGUGGUGGUGCUCGGGGAACACGACCGCAGCUCCUCCCAAGAGAAAGUGCAGAAACUGGCCAUCCAGCAGGUUUUCACCCACCCGCAGUAUAACUCCUACACCACCAACAAUGACAUCGCGCUCAUCAAGCUGGCCACGGCCGUGAAGCUGGGCAGCACUGUGGCCCCAGUGUGCCUGGCAGCCACCGGGGAGCAGUACCAGAGUGGCCAGCGCUGCGUCACCACUGGCUGGGGCAAGACCCGCUACAAUGCCUUAAGCACCCCAAGCAAACUGCAGCAGACGGCGCUGCCCCUGCUGACCAAUGAGGAGUGUAAAAAGUACUGGAACGGUGACAUCCUGGACUCCAUGAUCUGUGCUGGAGCAGCAGGCUCCUCCUCCUGCAUGGGUGACUCCGGCGGCCCCCUUGUCUGCCAGGAGAACGGAGUCUGGCAUCUAGUGGGCAUCGUGUCCUGGGGCAGCAGCCGCUGUGCCACCACCAUGCCAGGCGUCUAUGCCCGCGUAAGCCUGCUCCGUGCAUGGGCCGACAGCAUCAUGGCCAGCAACUGA